UCUCCACAUUCAGGCUCACACACCUCGAAGCUGCGCGAGAAAGCACCGCAGUCGUUGCGUCACAGAGGACACGUACUGUAACGGGACUCAGUCUCAAUCUAACCGGAGGAGACAGACGGACAGAGACAGAGCAGAGACAGCAGGACCACUCUCUGUACCUGUAUAUACAAGGCCAGAAACUAUUGAUUCCUGCACAGUGUUGACACAGAAGACCAAAUACAGAAAUGGUGUUCAGAGGCACAAUAGCAGAUGCUCCGGACUUUGAUCCCACCGUUGACGCUGAGGCCCUUUACAAUGCUAUGAAAGGCAUGGGUAGCGAUAAAGAGGCCAUAUUGGACCUGGUCACCGCAAGGAGCAACGCACAGAGGCAGGAAAUCAUUGCAGCUUACAAAUGCAGCUUUGGAAAGGACCUGAUUGAGGAUCUGAAGUAUGAGCUGACGGGCAAAUUUGAGCGUCUCAUCGUCAGUCUGAUGAGAACCAGGGCCUACCAUGAUGCCAAAGAAAUCCAUGAUGCCGUCAAAGGAGUUGGAACAAACGAGCGAUGCCUCAUUGAAAUCAUUGCAUCUAGAAACAACACACAGAUGCAUGAGAUGGUUGCAGCAUACAAUGACGCCUAUGGCAGAGACAUAGAGGAGGAUAUCACCGCGGACACGACAGGUCACUUUAAGAAGAUGCUGAUUGUUUUACUUCAGGGGACCAGAGAUGAGUCAGGGGUGGUGAACGCAGACCUGGUGGAGCAGGAUGCACAAGAUCUGUACGCAGCCGGAGAAGAGCAGUGGGGGACCGACGAGGCCAAAUUCAUCAUGAUCCUGGGAAACCGCAGUGUGACCCACCUCAGCAUGGUUUUCGAUGCGUUUGAGAAGAUAGCAGAGAUGACCAUAGAGGACAGCAUAAAGCACGAGUUGUCUGGCGACUUCGAGAGGCUGAUGCUGGCUGUUGUGCAGGGCAUAAGGAGUGUUCCCAUGUUCUUUGCCAAGCGCCUUUACAAGUCAAUGAAGGGUCUCGGUACAACUGACAGCACCUUGAUCAGGAUCAUGAUCGCUCGCUCUGAAAUAGACAUGCUGGACAUUCGAGAGUGUUUCCGUUUAUUAUAUGAGAAGUCACUUUAUAACAUGAUCAAGGAUGACACAUCAGGGGAUUACAAAAGGACUCUGCUUAAUCUGUGUGGAGGAGAUGAUGACUUAGCUGGAGAGUUCUUCCCUGAAGCUGCUCAGAUAGCCUACAAGAUGUGGGAAAUAAGUUCCAUGACCAAAGUUCAGCUGAGGCCGUCAAUCCGCCCUGCGUCCAGUUUCGACCCUCCUGCUGAUGCACAAGCGCUGAGGAAGGCCAUGAAGGGAUUUGGAACGGACGAAGAUGCAAUAAUUGACAUUGUUGCACAGAGAAGCAACGCUCAGAGGCAAGAGAUCAGACAGGCCUUUAAAUCCCAAUUAGGACGGGAUCUGAUGAAGGACCUGAAGUCUGAGCUGUCCAAAAACUUGGAGAGGCUGAUCAUUGGGCUCAUGUUGACCCCUGCAGAGUUUGAUGCCAAAAUGAUGAGGAAGGCAAUGGAGGGGGCUGGAACAGACGAACACUCUCUGAUCGAGAUCCUGGUCACCAGGAGCAAUGAGGAAAUACUCGCCAUGAACGCUGCUUACCAGGAUGGCUAUAAGAAGUCUAUGGAGGAAGCCAUUCACUCAGAAACAUCAGGCCACUUCAGCCGCAUCCUCGUUUCUCUCGUGCAGGGUGCAAGAGAGGAGGGCCCUGCAGAUGAGGAAAGAGCUAAUGCAGAUGCUCAGGAACUUGCUGACGCAUGCAAUGCCGACUCUGACGACAUGGAGAUGAAGUUCAUGAGUAUUCUGUGCACCAGAAGCUUCCCCCAUCUGAGGAAAGUAUUCCAGGAGUUUGUCAGAUGUUCCAACAAGGACAUUGAACAGAUCAUCAAGAAGGAGAUGUCAGGAGAUGUCAAAAAUGCCUUUUAUGGGAUAGUUCGCAGUGUGAAGAACCAGCCCUCUUAUUUUGCAGACCGUCUGUACAAAGCCAUGAAGGGCCUCGGUACGGACGACAGAGCGCUGAUCCGCAUUAUGGUGUCCCGCAGCGAGGUCGACCUUUUCAACAUUCGCAAAGAGUUCAAGGAGACGCACGACGUCUCCCUCCACGAAUUCAUCCAGGUAGAAACGAUGAUCGGUGAUACCUCGGGAGACUACCGUAAAACCCUGCUGAUGCUCUGUGGAGGAGAAGAUUAAACUCGUCAAGACUCCGUUCACAGACUUCAUUGAAAAACCACGAGACAAGCCUGAUCACUGGGUGAAACUGCGGUGGUUAAUGUCAAUAUCUGUUGUCAGUAUCCCUAAACUGCUGCCACUCCUCAGCCAAACCAAGUGACCUAUGACCUCCCAGCCUUCCAAGCUAGUUUCUUGCUCUCAUUUCGUCCUGUAUGUCAGGGUGAUGUCUUUCUUUUUUUUUUACAGUCAUUACAUGUAACAUGAAGAUGUUCACGAUGUCGGUGUAGAAAGGUGCUUCACAUGUACAGCGUAUUGGAAAUUAGCAAGUCGAACAGUGCCUUCCGAUUGCAGGCCGUCCAAUGAUUACUGUGAUUUUAAGGUAUCAUAUAGAAUAAAAUGAUUAAAAACUACA